CGCCGCGCGAGCGGGGCCAUUUCAGCGCGCGGCACCGGCGGGCAGGCCGGGAUGCGCACGGCAUCCCGCGGCUGCCAGCCCGCUGUCGGCUGCUCGCCCGUGGCGUUGCCGCGUUGAUUCGCCCCUUCGCUCCUCUCCUGCCCUCCCGCCGCUCACCGCCGCCGGCAGCGCCAUGGCGGCCCCCAGCAGCAUCGUGCCCGUCAUGGCGAGUAAAACCAAGACCAAGAAAAAGCACUUCGUGGCGCAAAAAGUGAAGUUGUUCCGGGCUAGCGACCCGCUGCUCAGCGUCCUCAUGUGGGGGGUCAACCACUCGAUUAAUGAACUGAGCCAUGUUCAAAUCCCUGUUAUGUUGAUGCCAGAUGAUUUCAAAGCCUACUCAAAGAUAAAGGUGGACAAUCACCUAUUCAACAAAGAAAACAUGCCAAGUCAUUUCAAAUUUAAGGAGUAUUGUCCAAUGGUUUUCCGUAAUCUGAGGGAGAGAUUUGGAAUCGAUGAUCAAGACUUUCAGAAUUCAUUGACAAGAAGUGCACCCCUUGCCAAUGAUUCCCAAGCACGCAGUGGUGCCCGCUUUCAUACGUCUUACGACAAAAGGUAUAUCAUCAAAACUAUAACAAGUGAAGAUGUAGCAGAAAUGCACAACAUACUGAAGAAAUACCAUCAGUUUAUUGUGGAGUGUCAUGGGAAUACGCUUCUUCCUCAGUUUUUGGGCAUGUACCGGCUUACUGUUGAUGGAGUUGAAGUAUAUAUGAUUGUUACAAGAAACGUGUUCAGCCAUCGUUUAUCUGUCUAUAGAAAAUAUGAUUUAAAGGGCUCUACUGUGGCUCGAGAAGCCAGUGACAAAGAAAAGGCCAAAGAGCUGCCAACGUUCAAAGACAACGAUUUUAUUAACGAUGGACAAAAGAUUCAUAUUGAUGAGAGUAACAAAAAGAUGUUCCUUGAAAAACUCAAAAAAGAUGUUGAGUUCCUUGCUCAGUUAAAACUCAUGGACUACAGCUUGCUGGUUGGGAUUCAUGACGUUGAAAGAGCAGAACAAGAAGAAGUAGAAUGUGAAGAGAAUGAUGGAGAAGAGGAAGGUGAAAGUGAUGGGACUCACCCCAUUGGAACCCCUCCAGACAGUCCAGGAAACACGCUGAACAGCUCACUGCCUUUGGCUCCGGGAGAAUUUGAUCCAGCUAUUGAUGUUUAUGGAAUAAAAUCCCAUGAAAAUGCACCUAGGAAGGAAGUAUACUUUAUGGCCAUUAUUGACAUUCUUACUCAUUAUGAUGCAAAAAAGAAAGCUGCCCAUGCUGCAAAAACGGUAAAGCACGGGGCUGGUGCAGAAAUUUCAACUGUUAAUCCUGAACAGUAUUCAAAGCGCUUCUUGGACUUUAUUGCCAACAUCUUGACGUAACCUCUCAAGUUACAUAGGACAGACACGAGACCUGGGGACAGCAGCAGUGGCUACAAGUGUAGGGAAAUAAAGGAACUCUGAGAAGCGCUCAUCUUGCAGAAAGCAACCCCUUUGUUUACAUCUGCUGGCAAAGAUGACUGAAGUGGUGGAAUACUCGCUUUAACAGCUGCCUGAUAUUCCCAGCAUAGUUCUAGCUCUUUCUGACUCUUCUGUGUGUGCAAAAAAAAAAAGAAAAACAAUUAAAAGAAAUUAAAUAAAUAGAACAGCUUACUCAGAGUGCACUGUGACUAAUACUCUGAUGCUACCAGCUGAAACAGAAUAAACGAGCAAAGAGUUGUGGGGUGGGGCUGGGGAAGAGUAAAUGCAUGUUAAAUCUACAAUAUUGAUAUCCAAUUGUAAACUGUGGAUCAGUUUAUUUUUCGAACUAAAAAGAUACAUGACAGUAUUCUUCAUGACGAUGGCGAUGACAGUGAUAAAAACUGUACUGCGAAUGUUACACUUACACCCUGCACACUGGCACUCCUUAAAAAAGCAGCUGCAACAGCCCUUGGUGCCAGAGGCUUUUCCCAUAUGGUUAAUAGCAGUUGGAUUUGUUCCUUUUUUUUCCGUUCCUCCCUCUCCCGCUUUCGUCUUCUUUUCAGCAGGAAAUUCAGCCUCUCCGACAUCUAAGAGCCGGCGUCUCUUAAAAAGAGCUAAUUCAUGCUACAUGUACAUUUUUGCUACAGUAAACUUAUGUUAAGGGAAAACUUUGCUUAUUUCACUUUGUUACCUGAAAUUUCCAUUUGUUUUAUAUUCUUGCAAUAUAGGAACUAAUAAUGUUACAAGUUGGGGGGGGGGAAGCUUACCUGAAGAAGUGCAUAGUUUUGGGCAAUAGUAGCUCCAUCUUUCACCCAUGGUGGGAGAUGUGCACACUGAUAGAAGUUCCAUUCCCUUGUAAUUUACUGAGAAUUAGAAGUCUGAAUGCUUAUGUUGUCCUGUUGAAACAGCGGUAUUUUACUAUAGAUGAUCCCUCAAAAAACGAACCCUGACAUUUACUGUUUACAUUCUUAAGGAAAGCAGGGAUAUUUCUGAAUUUCAGAGCCGUGUACAAUAUAUAUUACUUUUGAGUUUACAUGUAAAGUUAUUUUGCAGUACAAAUGAAGUAACGUUUGUCAUCUUCCAAGGUGUAAUGUGCAGUAGUGUACUGAAGUGAAUGUCUCCCUCACCUCCGUGAUAGACUCUUUUACAAUAAAAUGAGAAAGGGUGUUUCAGAGGGGUUUUUCCCAAGGUUGUCUUUUAGCAGCAAAAUGACCUGCCCUACGAUUUACUCAAGUUUGAUUGUAUAGUACAUUGCCUAAAACUGUGCUGACCAUGUUUAACUUGUUUAGAGUUUUUAAACCAACGUUGUCGUUGUAUUUCUUCUUUUCUUGUGUUUCUCCCUGAAAGACUCCAUGCUUGAAAGAGACAAAUUUACACGUGCUUAAGAGUUUAUCUACUUACACACUGUGCUAAAGCCGUGCCUUUAAAAACAUCUUUAUCGAAGUUGUUAGAUUCUGAGAAGUCAAACCCUCCCUGUCGUGGUUUCUAACUGAAAGCAGGAGUGCCAGCAUGCCUUCUCCAUAGCCAGUGUCAGUGCUGUACGCCUGCAGACCGCUCAGAGCACCUGUAACGGUUUCCUUCAGAAGAGCCCAUACAGCAGCCACCCCUCACACUCUCUUCAGCAGCCAAAGGCAAUACUCUCCCUGUUGCUGUGUACUAAUUUUCUCCUCCUUUCCCCAACCUUUCCUCCAGGAUUUCUUUUUGUUACAUUUGACUUAGUGAUGUCCACAGCACUGUAAUGUAUGUGUAUACUUUUGUAUUGUAUGUAUUUAAAUAAGUUGGUACUGUGGCUUGGUUUGUUUUUUGGGGUGUUUUUUUUGUCCUUUCCGUCUAUACCCCAGUCGUCUGCGUUCUCACCCAGUUUUCAUUUUGUGAAGCAUGCUGUGGCUUUUAAAAGUAUAAGGCCACAGAGAGACCCUGGAGUAAAAAUGAGGUACAUGUACUUGGAGUAUAUACUCAAUUGUGGCCAACAAGUGUACAUUUUUAGACAACUUUAGACAUUUACAGCAAAGCAUUCCUUUUUGUCUGUGCAGCAGUUUUUGUCACUCAUUCUUGUUGAUAAACUGUUUCUUUGGACAGGGCAAGGAAGACUUAUUAUUGUAUAUGUUAGUGCUUAGAUUACACUCCAAACAUGAGCAAGGCUUUAUAAAAUAAAGCACUUUGAUGA